AUGGCCCGUGUUCUCAUCACCGGCUCCGCUGAUGGCCUGGGGCUUGAGGCCGCACGCCAACUAGUUGAGCGUGGCCAUACUGUCUACCUCCAUGCGCGCAACGAGAAACGCGCAGCUGAUGCGAGAGCCGCCUGUCCUGGUGCUGCUGGCGUGCUGACCGCUGAUUUAUCCAACCUGGCUGAAACUCGCAGGCUAGCUGAGGAAGCCAACGCGAUCGGCCAAUUCGAUGCCAUCAUCCUCAACGCAGGCAUGAUGUCCGGGCCGUUCCGCAAGACUCCAGACACCGGUAUUCCCGCCAUGGUGUUUGUCAACGUCGUUGCCCCGUAUAUCCUGUCCUGCUUAUUGCGUCGUCCCAAGCGGCUGGUAUUCAUCUCCUCGCAGUUGCAUCGCCAAGCCGACAUGAGUGUUGAGGAUAUCUUCUGGUUGGAGCGCGGCGAAGCAAGCUUCCAGGAUUUUGCAGCAUACUGCGACUCAAAAUUGCAUGUUCUGCUUCUUGCGAACGCGGUGGCGAGACGGUUCAAGGAUGCCUCUGUGGUCUCAGUACACCCAGGCUGGGUAGCUACCAAGCUCGGUGGCCCCGGUGCACCUGAUAAACUGGAGGAUGGUGUGGAAACUUAUGUGAUGCUGGCAGAGGGAGAUUACGACCAAAGCCUGACAGCAAAGUACUUCGACCCCAAGAGAAAACUUGGAAGUCCGUUGCCGGUAUCAGAAGAUAUCAACCUGCAGGAGAAGGUGGUCAAGGCUUGCGAGGAUGUGACUGGUCUGAAACUUCCUGCUUAA